AUUGGUCCAUGAAGGCAUUUUAAGAACAUUUUUUAUUUGUUUUUCUUUAACAACUAACAAGGAAUGUCGUUUUCGUUGUGGCCUCAAUCACUUGGCUAUCAUCAUCAUCAUCAUCAUCAUCGGCCCAUACUCGUCCACUGCUGGACAUAGGCCUCCCCAAUUGCACGCAUUUGACGUUCAAUUGAAGCAAAAUUUGAACCAAGAUAAAUGGCCUAAGGCCAUACAAAUAAAACUUAGUCCAUGUUACAUAACGCGAUCCCUAGGUCAAUAACUACACUACACUAAUUUGAACUCGGAUUACUUUAAUAGUUUUCGUAGAGCGAUCCGCUCGCCGCCAUACUGGAUUUUAUUUAUUUUUUAUUUAAUGUUUAUUUAUUUUUUUAUUAUAUAUUUGCAACCAUGUUGAAGAUUUUAGCUGUUGUUAUUUUGGGUAUCACAAUGGUACUAACACAACAGCCUGACUAUUACCACUACCUCCACUUGCCACACUCUCCACCCCUACAUCCGGUGCUGAGCGAGGCGCCGCCCACAAGCUUCUCGUGCGCCGCCCGCCCUAGAGGCUACUAUGCUGACGUGCAGACUGGCUGUCAGGUGUUCCAUUUCUGUUGGCGCCAGCACAUUGUGAGCACUGAUCUGUGCGCAAAUGGCACAGUCUUCAAUGAACAGUUCCAAGUUUGUGAUCACUUCUACAACGUGCGAUGCGGAUCACCGUAUGAAGAUUUAUAAAUAAUAAUUUAAAAGUAAAUUAUUUAUUUUAGAGUGAUAAUUA